AUGGAGCAAUUGUCAUCUAAACCCAAGUUUAAGGUUGGCGAUAAGGUCAGGAUAAGUAAGUACAAAAGAAAGGUGUUUGAUAAAGGCUACACACCUGAUUGGACUGAAGAGAUAUUCCUCAUCGAUAAAAUCCAAUCCACAAAUCCAAUUACCUACCGGUUAAAGGAUCUCAACAACGAGGUGAUACAAGGGAGCUUUUACCAACCUGAAUUACUAAAGGCAAAGCAAUAUGUAUUCCGCAUUGAUAAAGUUAUUCGGAGAGAUUAUAAGAAGAAACAAGCUGUUGUGAAGUUGUUGGGAUAUAGCGACGACUUUAAUUCUUGGAUUCCAUUUAGUGAUUUACAAGAUUUAUCUAACUAA